AGUGAACUAUGUAUAUAAAGAAAAAAAAACAGAAGAAAUACUUAAAACGGAAAAUAAACAAGAGGGAUCAAUCAAGUCAUCAUUAUUCAUUGUCGAUCGAAAAAAUCUUGCCGUAGAUUUCGCCUAAAACAUUUCUAUUUUUGAUUUCACGACAUUUACUUUUGAUUUAAAUGUUUAAUUUAUAAAGGACCGUCGUCUUCCGCAAUUCACGCCGAAAUCAAAAAGUCUAAAAAAAAAAAAACAUUCUCUUAAGUUUUUCUCUCUGUAUAUAUAUUACGAAAAACGAAACAGCAAUAGUUUCACUACUCACCGGAGAUCGGAAUUCGAAUCCGGAUCCGAAUCACAGUAACCGGCGCCGGUUCAAAGAGAUAAUUCUGGUACACAUGUGUUUUUGACGCGGAGGAGCAAAAUUCUGGGAAAAUGGGUUGUGUCAGCUCGAAGCAGACCGUCUCUGUCACGCCAGCGAUCGAUCACUCUGGUAUUUUCAGGGACAAUGCUUGUUCUGGUUCCGGUCGAAUUGUGGUUGAGGAUCUUCCUCCGGUGACGGAGAAGAAGCUUUUGUCGUGGAGGAGCAAGAGCGGGAAGAAGAGUGGUAGUGAGUUGGGGAGCGAGUUCGGUGAGUUGAGUGAGUCCGGUCGAGCGAGUUCGAAUUGCAGGAGUGAGUCGGUGAGUUUCCGGCUCGGUAACUUGAGCAAGUACCUUGAAGCUGAGCAAGUCGCAGCUGGUUGGCCUGCGUGGCUGAGCAACGUCGCUGGUGAAGCUAUUCAUGGUUGGGUUCCAUUUCGAUCCGACGCUUUCGAAAAACUCGAAAAGAUUGGACAAGGGACUUAUAGCAGUGUGUUCCGUGCAAGAGAGACUGAAACUGGGAGGAUAGUGGCUUUGAAGAAAGUUAGAUUUGACAAUUUUGAGCCAGAGAGUGUUAGGUUCAUGGCUAGAGAGAUUUUGAUACUUAGGAGACUUAAUCAUCCCAAUAUUAUCAAACUAGAAGGUAUUGUUACUUCGAAGCUAUCUUCCAACAUACAUCUCGUGUUCGAGUAUAUGGAGCAUGAUCUCACUGGUCUUCUUUCUAGUCCCGAUAUCGACUUCACUACUCCACAGAUUAAGUGUUAUAUGAAACAAUUGUUGUCUGGACUUGAUCACUGUCAUGCACGAGGUGUGAUGCAUCGGGACAUCAAGGGUUCAAAUCUUUUGGUGAAUAAUGAAGGAAUAUUAAAGGUGGCUGAUUUUGGGCUAGCUAACUUUUGCAAUGCUUCUGGGAAUAAGCAACCUCUUACAAGUAGAGUUGUGACUUUGUGGUACCGUCCACCUGAACUUUUGCUCGGGGCAACGGAAUAUGGAGCAUCUGUUGAUUUGUGGAGUGUUGGCUGUGUUUUUGCUGAACUUAUUCUUGGGAAACCGGUUCUGCAGGGGAGAACUGAGGUCGAGCAGUUGCACAAGAUAUUCAAACUAUGUGGAUCUCCACCUGAAGAUUACUGGAAAAAGUCCAAACUUCCUCAUGCAAUGCUUUUCAAACCACAGCAACAUUACGAUGGUUGUCUCCGAGAAACCUUGAAAGAUUUAUCCGAUGCUGACAUCCAUCUCAUAGAAACUCUUCUUUCUAUACAGCCCCACAAACGUGGGACUGCGUCUACUGCCCUUGGUUCUCAGUAUUUUACUUCAAAGCCUUUUGCUUGUGAUCCCUCAAGUUUGCCUGUAUACUCGCCUAGCAAGGAGAUUGAUGCAAAGCAUCGAGAAGACACAACAAGGAAAAAAAUCAGCGGGAAUGGGAGACGUGGUACAGAAUCGAGAAAGCCAACACGAAAGCCCCCUGCAUUUGCUAAAUUGGCACCAGCUGAGGAUGUACGGCACCACUCCCAGAAGUUUCAGAAACGUAAUGGUCAUUCAGUCCAUAAUUCGAUUGAUAGUGAUGCCAUUUUAUGUGAGAAAAUGCAAAAGCCAUCAAGUCAUGAAAAGGAUGAAGCUUCUCAUGUGAAGAACGCAUCACAAGGAGAUGUGCCUUUCUCAGGGCCUUUGCAAGUCUCUGUAUCAAGUGGUUUUGCAUGGGCAAGGCGGCGAAAAGAUGACAUAUGUGUUAGAUCACGUAAUAGAUCUCUCUCAAGAGGUCACAUUCCUAACCUGUUGGGACCUUCUCCUGCUUUCAGUGAGAAUACUGACGUUGACUCUAAAAACAAUGAGAAAGAAAAGGAAGAAAAACAUGGGGAAAGAACGGAUUCCCAAGACCGUGAGGCGUAUGAGAUGUUGAAGCUUUCAAUGCUAAAGAAAUGGAGGCAACUUGAACGACCAGAUUCUUUUGAUGGUUCUGACGAGUAUCAUUCACAGGAACUGUCAUUGGCACUUUAUCAGAAAGAAGAAAAGGCAGCAAAGCUGGGUCAAUUGGGUUACGAAGACAAUGAUGACAAAAUCGAAUUCUCAGGGCCAUUGUUGUCUAAAUCUUAUGGAGUUGAUGAGCUUUUGGAAUGCCAUGAACGCCAAAUUCGCCAGCUAGUUAGGAAAUCGUGGUUCCAGAAAGGUAAGAAACAAGGGAAAUGAAUUGCUCUGUAUUAACCUUUCUGAGUCAUGAAAAGCUUUCCAAGGGAUCCAGAAGAGAACUCCAAGAACUCUAUAUGCAUUUUGAUGGUUUGAGAAACACAACGUUAACCAGAUCUUACGACAGAAACUGUGAUGAUCAAGCAAAUAUGGCGAAAGCCAUGAAGCAUUAUUUUUGUUUGUUAAUGUUAAUUUAUAAUAUAAUCUUCUCUAAUAAGUUAAAAUUUUGAGAAUAUAAUAACUACAGCGCAAUUUAUGAAUUCCAGGCAUAAUGUAAUAAUGUAUAGUCAUAAGCAUAUCUAUAAAAUAUCCAGUUGUAUAAAAGAUCUGGAUAUUUGUUAUACAGAAAUUAUUGAUUUUGUCCAAAGUUGAGACCCCAUCUCGUUUAGUGAUGUGUGGUGGUCAUUGGUAUUUAACGAUGUCUCGUGACGAUGGUGUAUGGAGUGAUGUUGGAUUAUGACGCUUGGUGUUAUCAUCUUCUUUCAUUGUGUAUCAUCAAGAUGUGACACAUUAUGUUCUAGUUAUAUAAUCUGUGCACUCA